AUGAGUAACCUGCUGGGUGGACAAAUCGGGUUAAACGAUUUCAUCUUCGCACACAAAAAAGGCCGCCCCAAGGAGGUGGAAAUAGUCAAAUCGGAAGACGCCCUCGGACUGACCAUCACCGACAACGGUGCCGGAUAUGCGUUCAUCAAGCGGAUCAAGGACGGCAGCGUCAUCGAUCGGAUCCCACAUACAGGUUGGUGGAUUGUUGGCGACCACAUCGAAAAGCUAGACGGUAUCAAUGUGGUCGGAAAGCGACACUACGAGGUGGCCCGUAUGCUAAAAGACAUCCCCACCGGAUCGACCUUUACGAUUCGGUUGGUCGAACCGAUGAAGAGUGGUUUCCAGGGUAUCGCGCCUCGGAAGGGUGGCGCCAAACAGUCCAAACCUGGCUACGGAAGUGGAAAGGAAACGCUUAGGUUUAAGGCCAACGGAAAUGCCACUAUCGAGGACGAGCACGACGACUCAACACAGUGCGGAAUCGAUGCCAUCAAUACACUGCUAGAUUCAUUUAUGGGAAUCAACGACACUGAACUAGCGACGCAGAUAUGGGAUCUAGGCAGCAAUAAAACCAACUCAAUGGACUUUGCCGAGGCGAUUGAUGCUUCCGACCUAGAGGCGUUUGGUUUCACCGACGACUUCAUCAUCGAACUGUGGGGUGCAGUCACCGACGCUCGACAGGGUCGUCAUCGGAGAUAAGACCUGAUAUUGCCGAAGAAAGUGUCGUAGCCAAUAGUAACCGCCAAGCCAAUCGCUUUGAAGCGUGUUUAUGUUUUCCUUCUACCUUUCGGAAAAUAAACAUAAUACGUAUUUAAUUGUGCUUCUACUUGAAUAAUAUUUCUUACGCUCAAAAUCACAGGGACGUAACUGCAUUGAUCGAUUUCUCUUUGUCGAUGUUUCCUUUUUAUUAUUGUAGCGAAUUGCAGUAAUUUGUGGAAGAUUUUAUUGUAUGGAAUAAUAUGAUUGCAUCUUGUACCAGAAUCAACAAUCAUGCAUGUAGCUUUUGAAACAAUCGAGUUAGUAUCAAAAUACAAAAUAGAUUGAGAUAAAUCGAUCAAUACAGUUACGCCCUAUAAUUCUAAGCGCAAGAUUUGUUAUCUCGGUAGAAAAUACGGAAGAAAUAAUUUAAUACGACAUCAUCUUCUCCCAAUCAAAAAGCAAUAGAAGCGAUGAAACACUUUCCGAUAAUCAUAUAAUAAUAGCAUUUAUGUUGAAUAUCCUAUGUUCAGACUUCGCACCUGUUACAUGUUGUUCGGUUAUCUUGAUGGCAUUUUGCUUGAUAACAUGUUAAAACGUCGUAGUGUGAAUGUAGUAUUUAUAGUAAUGAUAUCCUAGGUAAUGAUCAAAAGAAGCAAUCUGGGAGAACUUAAAAACAUUCCUUCAGGAAAAAACCAUACUUAUGAUGAGAAGCGUAGCUAGCUAUCUAAAAGUUACUCAAACAAAUGAAAAGACAUUCGUACAUGUGGAAGUGAUAAUAUCGAUAAUUUUAACUAAUACGUAAUGUUAUUCAGAGCGAAACGUAGGAGAACAAGUGUACUUACAGUUGGAUGGAGAAGACGAGGUUUAUGUAGAUUUUUUAGUAGACUGAAGGAGAAUAAAAUCAAGUCAAACAUUGAGUAGAAAAAUGAAGAUGGAGAAUUUAUUUUAACCGUGUAUAUCAAGUAAAGAUUCGACUUAUACGUUUAAGAAACACGAACAUCUAGAAAUACAGAGUUAAGGUAAAA